CCCGCUCCUUCAAGGCCUUUCAGUUCUUAUAUACCAUCCUCGAACUUGCAACACUCCCAGUAUGGCGCGUUUGUCAGCAUCUCCUCGCUCAUCCAUACCAGCUCCUACCCGAUUCCAGAUUGCGCAGCCUCCGCCAGAUAGCGAGGUCCUCCAGCACGCGAAAUCCGUCGCACCAUUGCUAAAGAAGUCAACUACAUUGUCGCCACCGUCUUCCGAACGGACGUUUUUGUGUCAAGACAAACAAUAUUCCUUCGCACGGUCAAGGCUGCCCCGGCCUUCCCCAAUAUCUUCUGCUACCCCAAAUGUGUCUGUCCACUGGCAAGGCAAUGGGCAUGCACUGUUCAAGCUGAGCCGUGCAGCAAAGCGCGAUAUCCAGCAUUACCUCCUCACGCAGUGUGCGGCGCGGAACAAAGAAACAAACGAGAUCACAAAGCCUACCGGCACAAAGUUCGUUUAUGUUCUUCAGCUUGACGAGGAUCAAGAUGAAGAACAAGAGGCACUGUGCUUUCCAACAAACGCGGCAACUCUCGAUGGUAUAUACAGGAUUCGAAAUGUUGCGGAGGAUAAGAACAUCAUCAAGCCAUCGGAAUCGUCCGUUUCGGCUACCUACAACGUGCAGAAUGUUACGCGCCGGCACCCUCGAAGCCGGGGUACCACGUCUUUCGCACGCAUGAUGGCGAGCGCGAACGAGGAAGGCUUCCCUCAUGUCGACCAGGAACUUGACUCCGACUCUGAAGGCAGCGAUGACCUCGAAGAAUAUCUUCCACCGCCGUACACCACAACCCUUGACACGAUCACAGAAGCCAAUGAGGAAGAGGAAGCGGACGGUAGCUUUGUUGAGGUUGUUGACUACGGAGCAUCGAAGUGCUGCCGCAAUCCACACUUCGCGGGCCACCCCGAAUGCCAUGGCCGCCACAAGACCGACUCUCAUGCCCACAAUGCAGUUGACGCCGAGCUAGACCUACAGCAGUGCUUUGUCACAGCGCACAAUGGUGGUGACAGCGUGGCUCACUACCAAAAUUGGCGCAUCUUGAAGUGGGAUCAUGGCGAGGUUAUGGUACAUGGACAGUCUUUACUGCGCACCGAACUUGUCGUGGAGGAUGAUGCUGAACAAGAGCUUGACAAUCCUACAGAGCAACUGAUACGUCAGAUCGAUGCGAAGUACGGGCCUUUGACUUUGCAGGGUCAGUCGAGCAACAGCCCGGCACGAUCAGAGGUGAAGUGCUCCGAAGAGUGCAACUUUAAGAUUAACAAGUUCCUCGACCAGAACCCCGAGGACGACCCAAGAUUUUCAAGUCAACUGUCUGUGGAUGAGCACGAAGAUGCUGUCUCCGAGCCGAGUACUUUGUUCGUUGGAGUUGCUAGUCUCAGUGACGAUGAUAAUCCUGCGCCUGCGAUGUCGCAAAGCCGCACCGCGCCUGUGAUGUCCGAAGAGACGCUGCAGAAGAUACUAAACACCCCGCACGAAGCUUUCAUUGAGCACUACGUACAGCGAAAGCAGGCGAAGAGGGAGCAGGCAGCACGUGAGAAGCGGCCUCGCGAUGGUGCAGACUGUUCCCCUAUUGCCGCUCGUUCAGCUACCGAAGCCCCUAGGGUGGCCAUCAACGUCUUUCCGGAGGAGGUCGUAUCGCUAUCACAUGUUGCAGUCCCUCCUCCAGAAUCGACAACCACUCUUCUCGUGGAAAGCGCCCGUAUGGUCCCUCCUGUCUUCAUCAAACAUGAAGCAGUGCCUAUUGGGAUUUCCAUCCGUCCAGCAAGCGCCCUAACUUCUCACUCAUCUUGUGACGACCUGUCCACACGCACUUCGGUGUUUUCAACGCGUGCUUCUGUGACAACAAAGCCAUCCAACGAGAGCUUCGGGUCUGACUACCUGCGCCUUGUCGAAACGCUCGAUCUUGAAGUCGACGUUCGAACGGCCUGCGCGCCUGUCUCUAACGACAGGCGUAUGGCAAGCCUGCCCGUCUUGACUUCCCUAGAAUCAGACAUGUGCGACAUGGCGGCAGGCGUCUCAGCCUUGAACCAGAUCGCUCCUGAAGAACACACAAAUGCUGUCCCUAGCACACCUGUUCGCACAGCCGAACCUAUUAAAUGUUGCUUGACCCCGAUCAUUGGAGUUCAGACUCAACUUAAAUCUUCUUUAAACCAGCCAGCAGAGAUGUAUGCCAGCAAUCCUAUUGCCGAUCAGACCGGCACACUUCCAGCGGCCACAGAAGAGCAACGACCAGACAUCGGCACCUGGCCUGAAGCUGUGUGCCAGUCACAAGAACAGAAGCCGGCAACGCCCAUGCAACCGCACAUCUCGCCAGUGAUCAACGAGUCACACCCUACCGCUACACCUCGGCGCUGGAGCAGCAAGAUCAAGGCCUCUGUGAAGAACCGAGUUCAAUCUGUGUCUGGUGCUGCCAAGCAAGGUACGCGUCGGAUUGUGCGCUCCACGAAGAAGCUAGGCGCAACCGUUCGAUACCUCAUUCCGGUAGCUACUGCUACGCGCAACCCUUACGAGACUAUUGCACUCGCUUGAGAGUAUCUCGAGUCUAUAGAAAGCGGGUGCCAUUCUCUGAUACAUGAUUUUCUUUGUUUAGAUACCCUGCUUCUUUUCGGUAUG